AGUAAUUUUGUGACAUUAGUAAUGUGUAAUCUUGUGUGUUUCUGUUCAGAGGAAGACAUCCGUCGAACGAAAAAUCUCUUCAGAGCUCAGUACCUGCUGCCAUCAUGAACGUGUUUGACCGCAACAUCAACUUCGACGCUCUCUUCAAGUUCUCCCAAAUAUCUCACUCCACUCAGGUGCACUUGAAGAAUGUGUACUCCAGCCUGGCAGUGUGUAUGUUUGUGGCUGCAGCUGGAUCCUACGUCCAUGUCGUCACACGCCUCUUUCAGGGUGGUUUGCUGUCUGUGCUCGGCUCCCUGGGGAUGAUGUUCUGGCUGGCCAUGACGCCCCACAACCCUGAGACAGAGAAGAAGAGACUGGCGAUCCUCGCAGGAUUUGCCUUCUUCACAGGUGUUGGCCUUGGCCCCACACUGGACUUUGUCAUCGCUGUCAAUCCGAGCAUCAUUGUGACGGCUUUCAUGGGAACCUCUGUGAUUUUCAUUUGCUUCACUCUCAGCGCCCUCUAUGCCAAACGCAGGAGCUACCUGUUCCUCGGAGGCACACUGAUGUCUGGUCUUUCCAUCCUGUUCCUGAUGUCUUUGAUGAACAUGUUCUUUGGCUCCCUGAUGCUGUUCAAGGCACACAUGUACCUGGGGCUGCUCAUCAUGUGCGGCUUCGUCCUGUUCGACACUCAGCUCAUCAUUGAGAAAGCAGAGAACGGCGACAAGGACUACGUCUGGCACUGUGUGGACCUGUUCCUCGAUUUCGUUACCAUCUUCAGGAAACUGAUGGUCAUCCUCGCCUUGAACGAUAAGGACAAGAAGAAGGAAAAGAAGUAAAGAACAUUUGAGUAGCUGGAAAUUAAAUACAAUCUAUCUAAAAAGGCACAAUUUGCAAUGCACUUGGUGCUUUUCACUUUCUGUCUUCAUUUCUUGAAUUAACUCCUAUGUGGUCUUAUUAUUAUUAUUAUUAUUGAAAAUUCUUCUGAUUUAUUUUUGAAACUUACAACAAGGGUUGAAUGUAAGUUUAUGGUAUACUAAUGCUAGUCCCAUUGUGGCUGUGAAUGGAGAGUAGACUAAAAAAGCUGCAGUGAUCAUACUCGGCCUGUAGGGGGAAGCGUUGCUCUAUGAAGGCUUAGAAGCUGAGCACCACAUAAUGAGGAUUUUUAUAUUACUGUUAAUUAGUGCCAUAAAUUAAUUAAAUGAUAGGCUCCUUUUAGUGGGUCCUGAGCUUCUGAGACUGAUCAGCGUUUCGUUUCGAGUUACGUAAUAAUUUUUUUCUUGUUGAUUUGCUUAUUUAUAGUUUUCCUCUGUACUUUUCUUUAGUUGAUUGUCACAAGAUAUGGUCUCCCAUGAUUCUGACAACAGCCCCUUCCCUCUCUCCCUCUCAGAAAUUUCCUCCUUAAUUGUUUUAUUCCCACAAAUUUUGUUUUGAGAAUGGAGAUACUGACACAAACCAUGACAGCCUGUCAGACUCAUGAUUUUACAGUAACUCACUCAGAUGGACUCACAGCCACUCGGUGGUCUGGCCAGUGGAGGAGGAAGAGUCGGUGCCAUCUGUCCAUAUUUUCAAUUUGGAGCAAAGACAGACGAGUUACUCUCUCCCACUCCCCUUGUAAAUUUUUCCAAAUGACUGUUGUCUAGAAAUUAGUUUGCCAAAUAAUGUGACGUGAACCUUUACAAUUUGGCAUUGGUGCCCCCCCUUUUUUUCUUUUGAAGGUGUAUACUGUGAAGAAUUUAUUUUAUUGAUGUAAAAUUGAAACUAAUAAUUUGAUACAUUUGCUCAAAUAAAUGUGUUGAACGUAUUGAAAGAAAA